UUCGCGCACAGUCACUAUUUUCUCCUCGACUCCAAGUGACUUGUUCACAGCAAAAAAAAAAAAAGAGUAAUAAAAAUACGUAUUACAGACAUUAUCAAACAAUCACAUUGGGUUUCGCCCUGUUAUAUUGCAAAUAUCUGUAUCAAGUGUUUCAUCAUCGUAAUUAAAUCAUUUUACAAAUAUAUUUUGUGACAAUAAGUGUAUCAAUUCAAUAACUCAUAAAUUAAUUUUUAAUUUUGCAAAAUUAAUAUUUGAAUAUUAAUUUUUUUUCAUUGACUAGUGAAAGUGAAAUAUUUUUAAGUUUAGUUGAGUUUUUUUUUAUUUUUUACAUGUGUUAUUAUUUAUUUUAAUAUUAUUUUUUUUUUUUUUUAACAUUGAGGAGCAUUUUUAGUGAGCAAAAAAAUAAUAAUCGGGAUAUUGACAUAAAAAAUAGAUUAAAAAACUGGGAAAACCAUGAGACGACUACUUUGCAGGGUGUUUCUUUUUACAGCAUUAUUUGCUGUAAUUAUUGGAGCAAAUGGCAAACGUAAAUUUGAUGGUGAUUUUGAAUUUGCUGAUGAUGAUGAUACAAGGAUUUUUAAAGUUGGAGACAAGAAGAAAUGGAUUCAUGAUCCAAACAAUGAACUUUGUCGACCAUUGAAUUGCAAAAAAAAAGAGCUAUGUUUACUUGAAGAUACUUUUACAGCAGUUUGUGUAUCGAAAAAAGAACUACACAAAUCUGGGGAUAUUGUUAUUCCAAAAUCAAGGGCAAAUCAACAAAGGCGAAUGAGAAAUGAUGAACCAGAUGAUAGUGAUAAUGAUGAUGCAUUUUUCGAUUCAGAGGAUGAUGAUGAGGAUCAAGAUGAAUCAAAGUGUCAAGAGUGUCCGGUGGUGAAGCCAAACUUCCUGUGUGGAAUUGACAAUCGAACCUACAGUUCACCAUGUCGUCUUGACUACCACAAUUGCAUUCAUCACACUUCAGUUCAUAUUGCGUGUAUAGGAUUUUGUCCUUGCAAAGGUGGUUCCGAUCUAAGAGUACACACAAAGAAAAUACCACAAUCAAAAAAGUCACUUUUAGGAAAACUUUCUCGUAACCGAGAUAUCACACUAACACCCCGUGACUUUAACUACGACAAUCAUCAUUACCAGUAUCUAAAGUACUCCAAACGUACCAAGUUACAGGGUCUUGGUGGCAGUAAAUAUGAAGAUGAUAUUAAACAUUCAAUGAGUAAUGAUAUUGAUCAAUUACCAAAAAAAUAUUCAGUAACAUCAAAACCAUCAUAUGAUACACCAGAAUCAAAUUUUGCAAAAUUAAAAAAUAAUGAUUGUGGAUUAUCAACAAAACCAGCAAUGGCAAAUAGAUUAUUAGAUUGGUUUUCAGUUGUAAUGGGAGAUGCUAAAUAUCGUCGUCAAUAUAUUAAAUCAAAAAGUCACUUUCCUACUGGAUGCCAGACUGAAGUUAGAUGGAUGUUUGGACAUUUAGACAAUGAUGGAGAUCGAAAACUCUCAUUAUCAGAACUUUAUGGUCUUGAGCAUGAUCAAAAUGAGCCUUGUCUAAAACCUUUUCUUGAUGCUUGUGAUACUGAUGGAGAUAUUUUUGUAACUGGCUCAGAAUGGUGUACAUGUUUUGCUAAAGCAGAUAGACCAUGUGCAGCAGUACGUAGACGAUCAACACCUGAUAUUGCACCAGCUUGUGAUUCACGAGGUUACUAUAAAAGUACACAAUGUCAUCGUGGACUUGGUUUAUGUUGGUGUGUUGAUCCACAUGGUGUUGAAUUUGCUGGUACACGAAUUCGUGGUACUAAACCUGAUUGUGGUAAGUAUGCUGUCAUGAGUAAAAUAACCAAUGAUGGCCUGAAGACAAACAGUGUUGAUUUCGAAAAUGACGAACUUGAUAAUGACGAUGAAGAUGGAAAUAUUGACUCAGGAAAUGACAUCGAGGGAUCAGCUGAUCAACCAUUAGAUUUUUAAUUUAAAUCAGUCAAUAUAAUUAUUUAAAUAUAUAUAUUUUAUUUUUAUUCUAAUCAUGACAACAAUGAGACACAUAAUAUUUGUGUAUAUGGAGGAAGGGUAUUACAAUUUUUAUUGUUUUAUAUUUACAUCAAUGGCCUCUGUUUGAUUUUUCUGGAUGAUACGAAUGUAUGAAAGAAUUAAGUAUAAUUAAAUAUAAAAGACAAUGUUUUAUUAUAAAUUGAAUAAUAACAAUGAAUUAUUGUUAAAUAUUUGAGCAAUGAUAUUUAUAAAUGAUAAUGAUAAAUAAUUUGUUUAUUUACAAUUGAAAUACUAGAAAUUUCAAGUUAAAAAAAAAACAUUUAUUUAACAUUAAUUCAUUGAAAAUAAAUAUUGCAUCGUUAAAAUACAUAAGCAAAUUUAAAUCUA